AAAAAGAAAAAAGAAGACGAAGAAGAAGUUGACAAUGAACUGAUGAUCGAUGAUUGAUGACUCACUCGUCAAUGCCAACACUUCAUCAUCAUCCAUCAACCAAAUCAUGAACGUCAGUGAUUAUCCGCUCCCUUUUUCAAACUAGUUUAACCUCCUUUUAAAUUAAUUAAUCAAUAAUUUCUUUAAAAAUCUCCAUUUCCAACAAUUUCCGGCAGCAAAAUCAACAAUGGCAACUCUAACUUUCCUACUCCGCCGUAAACUCCACCACCAAAACCGCCACAUACUCGCGCAAUUUUCUCUCAUUCGACAAUUCUCAUCCUCGGAAAGCUCCGGCGCCGGGAAGAAGCCGAUGAUUGAGAAGAUAUUGGUGGCUAACAGGGGAGAAAUUGCGUGUAGAAUAAUGCGGACUGCGAAGAAAUUAGGGGUUCGAACUGUUGCAGUUUACAGCGACGCUGAUCGGGAUAGUUUGCAUGUCAAAUUUGCUGAUGAAGCUGUUCGUAUUGGUCCUCCACCGGCGAAAUUGAGUUAUUUGCAAGCGAAUUCAAUUAUUGAAGCUGCUAGGAUGACUGGUGCUCAGGCAAUCCACCCUGGUUAUGGUUUUUUGUCUGAAAAUGCGGAGUUUGCCCAGAAAUGCGAAGACGAGGGUCUCUCAUUUAUAGGUCCUCCAGCAUCUGCAAUACGGGAUAUGGGUGACAAAAGUGCAUCAAAGAGGAUAAUGGGUGAAGCAGGUGUUCCUCUGGUGCCUGGAUAUCAUGGUAUUGAUCAAGAUAUUGACCUAAUGAAAUCUGAAGCUGAAAAGAUUGGCUAUCCUAUUCUAAUAAAGCCAACACAUGGAGGUGGAGGAAAGGGCAUGAGGAUUGUGCAAAACCCGGAUGAAUUUGCUGAAGCAUUCUUGGGUGCAAGAAGGGAGGCGGCUGCCUCUUUUGGAGUAGACACAAUUUUGCUUGAGAAAUAUAUCAUUCGGCCUAGGCAUAUAGAAGUGCAGAUUUUUGGCGACAAACAUGGCAAUGUUAUAUAUCUAUAUGAGAGGGAUUGCAGUGUACAAAGAAGACACCAGAAAAUAAUUGAAGAAGCCCCAGCUCCCAAUGUUAGUAAUGAUUUUCGCUCCCAAGUGGGUCAAGCUGCUGUUUCUGCAGCCAAGGCAGUCGGCUAUUACAGUGCUGGAACUGUUGAAUUCAUUGUGGAUACUCUCUCAGAUCAAUUUUACUUCAUGGAGAUGAACACGCGGUUGCAGGUUGAGCACCCUGUGACCGAGAUGGUCGUUGGUCAAGAUCUUGUAGAAUGGCAGAUUCGGGUUGCUAAUGGUGAGCCUCUUCCUGUUACGCAAUCAGAGGUUCCAUUAUCAGGUCAUGCAUUUGAAGCCCGUAUAUAUGCCGAAAAUGUCCAAAAAGGAUUUCUCCCAGCUACUGGGGUUCUUCAUCACUAUCGACCUGUUCCAGAAUCAGAAACAGUUCGUGUUGAGACGGGAGUUGAACAAGGAGACGCUGUUAGUAUGCAUUACGAUCCCAUGAUUGCGAAGCUUGUUGUUUGGGGAGAAAAUCGUGCUACAGCAUUAGUUAAAUUGAAGGAUUGCCUAUCCAAAUUUCAGGUUGCUGGUCUGCCGACUAACAUAAAUUUUCUACUUAAAUUGGCCAACCACUCGGCUUUUGAGAAUGGGCAAGUUGAAACCCAUUUUAUUGAGCAUCAUAAAGAUGUGUUAUUUGCUGAUUCAAGUAAUAUGGAGCUGGCAGAGGAAGCAUGCAAAUCUGCGACACGUAGUGCAAUGCUUGCUGCUGCAUGUCUUUGCAAAAUGGACAUUAACACGGCGAAGGGAAUCUGUCAGGGAGAAAGAAGCCCGCUUUCAAUCUGGUAUUCCGACCCUCCAUUUAGAGUCAACUAUUGUGCAAAGCGUGAUAUUGAAUUCGAGUGGGAGAAUGACUAUGGUACUACCGGUACAGUGCCCUUGAAGUUGGUUCUUACAUAUCAGCAAAAUGGGAGCUAUCUUGUUGAGGCUGGAGAAUGUGGGUCCCCUGGUAUGGAAGUUAAGGUUGUGCAGCUAGGUGAUAAAGAUUUCAGGGUUGAAGCACAAGGAUUAAGUGCGCUUAUAACUUUAGCUGUCUAUACUAAGGAUAAAAGCAAGCACAUAUACAUUUGGAAUGGCCUACAAUAUCAUCACUUUCGGCAAAAAGUUGGACUUGAAUCGUCUGGAGAAGAUGAAACUGAACAUAGACCCGAGAGGGCUGAUAUGGCAUCUCACUCCCCAGGUUCUGUAACGGCGCCAAUGGCUGGUUUGGUGGUCAAGGUACUCAAGAAUAAUGGAGAGAAAGUAGAAGCAGGGCAACCAGUUUUAGUCAUGGAAGCAAUGAAAAUGGAGCAUGUUGUAAAGGCUCCUUCCUCUGGUUUUAUUCACGGGCUUCAAGUAGCUUCUGGGCAGCAAGUUUCAGAUGGUAGCAUUCUCUUCACUGUGAAGGAAGAAUAAGAUGGCUUUUGUGAGCAGGGGAAUUCCUUCGCCCAGAAACACCGUGUAGUUUAAUGUGUAAAUGAUCUCUUAUUCAUGUAAUCAUAUUAUUCAUAUGUAUGUAACCUCUGUGCAUCUGUUGAAUAUCAGAAGCCAAGUCUAAAUCAGGAUGUAACACAAGUAGACUGUACAGAACUCAGAAAUAAUGUCAGGAAUUGUUAUUUGUAUAAUCACAGCUAUGUUUCCGGCUGAUGAAUUCUAACCUACUUUAUUGGUACAAAUUAGUUUAUUAUUGAUA